GGAUGGAUGGAUGGAUGGAUGGAUGGAUGGAUGGAUGGAUGGAUGGAUGGGUGGAUGCAUAGUUUGACUCCACAAAGGCAUAGAUUUUUGUCUCUUUUGUCCACUUAUUUUUUCCAAGUGCUUAGGAAAGUGACUGGCAUAUAGUAGGUGCUCAGUACUUAGUUCCUGAAUAAAUGGGAUGGCAGACUCUACCUUAACCCACAGUUAAGUGCCCAUGCUGCUGUCUGGCUCAGAGGGGGCCGUCACCAUUCGAUCUUUCAUUGGCUGACAGUGCAGACAUUGGCAAAGAUUGUCGUGGGGACCCUGCUGAUGGUGAUAUGAACAACAACAACAAAAUCAUUGCCCAGAUGGAGUUUUCUUUCUGUUCUCUAAUUUGCAUUCUAUUGUUCCCCUUGGCUAAAGGUCCUGAUCAUUUAUUCAUAAAGCAGUGGUCCUCCACCCUCCAUACUUAUUACUGUUAUCCGAGAGCACCUUGUCACUCCUGUAAGUUUCUUCCCCAGCCAGACACUCUGGCUGGAGUGCUCAGGAAGACUCACACCUCCCAGGCUCCCAGCGGGUCUGAAUCAGACGUUCCUCAGACCUUGCUUGGAGAUGCUGCUGCUGGUGAUGAGAGGCGGUGGAGACGGGCUGCUGCUUUGGGGUUGUCUCUGAAUUCUCAACUGACGUCCAGACUAUGGUGGGGGGAAAAGAGCAGAAUCGGAGUUCAGAGCUGCGAUUUUGGAUUUGGACAUUCUGGGUUCAAAUCCCAACUCUCCCAGUCACCAGCUAUGUGACCUCGGCUUCCCCAUCUGUAAAAUAGGGAAAUAGUUGCCUCCCAUAGGAAUAUUGGGGAGAAUAAAUGAGAUAAUACAUGUAUCAGGCUUGGCUCAAAGCUGGGCACACAGUGGGCACUCAAUAAACAAUGAAUGAACAAAUGUGUUGCUAAUAACCCUACUUCCCUUCCUUUCCCUCUUCUUCCUUGGAUAGAGGGGCUAUGGGUUUGAUUUCUCCCACCAGAAUAUGAGCCCUGGGAGAGGAGGGAUUUUGUCUCUCCGGCUUGUGGCUUUAUUUCCAGCACCUCGGACAGUACCUGGUACACAGUCGAUUUUACUAAAUAUUAGCUGGGGGGAAAAAAAACGAAUAAACUUGGUUCUGCUUCAGAAUCACCCAGGUCCAGCAGGUGGUUGCCUCAACAAGGAAAUAGGAAGUACUUUUUGGACUUAAGGUAACCCACGCAUCAAUGUAGGUUUGACAAAUAAUAUAGGAAGUGUGAAGCAAAGUAAACCACUAGCCCGUAAGACCCUGUGUUCACCCAAGAUAAAGUUUAUCCCCAAACUAGGAUCUGUUAGGAUGUAAGCCCCCCAAAUUCCCAGUUUGGUUUAAAGAACAAGGCAGUGUUCUAGAAAACUCAGAUCUGGACCUGCACCUAGCACUGCUCUUAAAGGGCUUCGUGCCAGUGGGGCUUGCCUCCCUUCUCUGGGCCCCGGUACCCAACAUGAGGACACGUGAGACCCCUUUGAGCUCUGUGCCUUAGUGAGGGGCUUCUCAUGCCUGUGUCUGUGCUGUUUUUCAGGUGGCCUCCCAAACCCUGAUGCAUGGCUGCAUGGAGUCCCGCCAGCUUCUGUUCCCAUGAGGCAGGCACGCCGAGCUCGGCCCCCAGCUGGGGAAGAGGCCAGAAAUCAGGCCCUGAGUGAAAUAAUCUAGCUCCAGCAAGCCGGAAGAGCCAAAAACGGGUGAGACACGUGAACUGCAGUUGCUGGUGACCCCCGGAAUUCUCCUGCAAUUGCUAUUUUCAAAGUUCUUUGGAAACUCUCUGCAGUGAAGAGCAAGAUGUAGGAAAAUGGGACCAACUCAUGGGUGUCCUGAGCCUCAAAACCCCUUUUUUUGCCCAAAGAAGCUCACCUUGACUUUGGGAGGGCCGGUAGGCUCUGUCCUUCUUUCUCUUGGCCCCGGCCAAGUGCGCGACUUGUGGGACUUGCAGGACUCUGGCCUUGGCAAUCACCUUUGCAGAGACUGAGGGCCCCCAGGGGUUCCAUCCCUGAGGGAAGUUUGGGAAACCAAGUCCCCUCCGUCCCCUCCUGAGCCCCCCAGCCAAGCCCCAGCGAGCCAGUCCGGAAUGAUCCCGCUAUGGCCAAGCUCUGGUUCAAAUUCCAGCGGUACUUCCGCCGGAAACCUGUGCGCUUCUUUACCUUCCUGGCACUCUACCUGACGGCCGGGAGCCUCGUCUUCCUGCACUCCGGCUUCGUGGGCCAGCCGGCCGUCUCCCAGAGCCAGGCCAGCCCCGCCGCAGGGGGCCCGGCCGAGGGCGCCGAGCUGCCCUUCCUGGGCGACUUGCACCUGGGCAGAGGCUUCCGGGACGCGGGCGAAGCCUCAAGCAUCGCCCGCAGGUACGGACCCUGGUUCAAGGGCAAGGAUGGCAACGAGAGAGCCAAGCUGGGUGACUACGGUGGAGCCUGGAGCCGCGCCCUCAAGGGGAGGGCCGUCCGGGAGAAGGAGGAAGACCGAGCCAAGUACAUCGGCUGCUACCUGGAUGACACCCAGAGCCGAGCCCUUCGAGGUGUGUCCUUUUUCGACUACAAAAAGAUGACCAUCUUCCGUUGCCAGGACAACUGUGCUGAACGGGGUUACCUGUACGCGGGGCUGGAGUUUGGCGCGGAGUGCUACUGCGGCCACAAGAUCCAGGCGGCGAACGUGAGCGAGGCCGAGUGCGACAUGGAGUGCAAGGGCGAGCGGGGCAGCGUGUGCGGCGGCGCCAACCGCCUCUCCGUCUACCGGCUGCAGCUGGCCCAGGAGUCGGCCCGCAGGUACGGAAGUGCGGUGUUUCGAGGCUGCUUCCGCCGGCCUGGCAACCUCUCGCUGGCCCUGCCCGUGACGGCCGCCAUGCUGAACAUGUCCGUGGACAAGUGCGUGGACCUCUGCACGGAGAAGGAGUACCCGCUGGCGGCUCUCGCAGGCACCGCCUGCCACUGUGGCUUCCCCACCACCCGGUUCCCCCUCCACGACAGAGAAGACGAGCAGCUCUGUGCCCAGAAGUGCAGCGCGGAGGAGUUUGAGAGCUGCGGGACUCCUAGUUACUUCAUCGUGUACCAGACGCAGGUGCAAGACAACCGCUGCAUGGACAGAAGGUUCCUGCCGGCCAAGUCCGGUCAGCUCAUCGCUCUGGCCAGCUUCCCGGGGGCCGGCAACACGUGGGCUCGCCACCUCAUCGAGCUGGCCACCGGCUUCUACACCGGCAGCUACUACUUCGACGGCUCCCUCUACAACAAAGGGUUUAAAGGCGAGCGGGACCACUGGCGCAGCGGGCGCACCAUCUGCAUCAAGACGCACGAGAGUGGCCAGAAGGAGAUCGAGGCCUUCGACGCCGCCAUCCUGCUCAUCCGCAACCCCUACAAGGCCCUCAUGGCCGAGUUCAACCGCAAGUACGGCGGCCACAUCGGCUUCGCGGCCCACGCCCACUGGAAGGGCAAAGAGUGGCCAGAGUUCGUGAGGAACUACGCCCCGUGGUGGGCCACUCACACGCUGGACUGGCUCAAGUUCGGCAAGAAGGUGCUGGUGGUGCACUUCGAGGACCUGAAGCAGGACCUGUUCGUCCAGCUGGGCCGCAUGGUCAGCCUGCUGGGCGUGGCCGUCAGGGAGGACCGGCUGCUCUGCGUGGAGAGCCAGAAGGACGGCAACUUCAAGCGCUCCGGGCUGCGGAAGCUCGAGUACGACCCCUACACGGCCGACAUGCAGAAGGCCAUCUCCGCCUACAUCAAGAUGGUGGACGCGGCCCUCAAGGGCAGGAACCUCACGGGCGUGCCCGACGACUACUACCCGAGAUGACGCACCAGCACGGGGCGCGGGGGCCGGGGGCUGGGAGUCCUGACCAAGCAGGCCGUGGGGACCCCCACUGACCUGCCCUGUCUUUGGCUUGGGGACCAUGUUUGCCUUCAGUGAGUUUCCUGCAUGACAAAGGAGGCUCCGGGAAGAGGUUGUCCGGGCACUCCCGCCCUACUCACGCCCCCCCCCCCAGAGGCAGGGCAGCUGGUUUGGGGGGGCGGGGCCAGCCGCAGGGACCCCUUUCUGUCCCCCGAGUCCCUGUCUCCGCCACCCUGGGUUCUGCUUGUGGGAAGAGGCUCGUUGGUCUCAGGGAGACGAGUGGGUGUCCUCCGCAGCUGCCGGGGACCUGGAUGCUAGGGCUCAGGGGGCUGAUCCCAAAACGUGGCCCCAGACACCUGUCCUUUCUGGCCCGGGCUUUUGUACCUCCUCCUUGUCCCCACGCAGGACACACAGGCACCGACGCUUAUCCCAGGCCACCUUCUGAUUUAAAGAAAGAUUUUCUUCCAGGAGGUUUCCCCGUGGCCUCGGGGAAGCCAUGUUGCUCCCGUGGGCGAACUGGCACCUCCACGUGGGGUCACUGGCCUUGCGAGCCCACCCCCAGCCCACAGGGCUUCUGAGAAACAAGCUGAUUGCCUCUUUCCACGCAUGUGUCCAGGUGGUGAUUUGGGGGGUCUAGACCCCACUUCCAGGGAACCUCAAGCACCCACAGUUAGCCCGUGAGGGCGGCCACAUGCCACACGCAGAAUCUGCAUAAGCGCGAGAGCCCCAGCCACACAGCCCGCCACUGUGGGGUCCAACACGCCCGUCUACACUGCCCUGCGGACCACUACCAGGGGGUCGUCUGCCGUCCGGGUGAGAGAGCAGGAGUGCUCCGGAUCAGGUGCAGCCCUGCCUACGGCGGACCUGCGCUGCCUUCCCAGGCCGUCAGCCUCCCUUUGACAUGGUCCAACGCGGCCGGCUUCCCUUGGGGACCCCUUAAGGGACCGGGUGAAUGGGGUGUCUCAUCCUUUCCAUACAAACACUGCUCUGCGGACGCCAAGACAGCAAACCAAAGGAUUUCAGAGGACCUGAGUCAUUGAACGUUUGUCUUAAAGGGCAUUGAUCCAGGUUCCCAUCUCGUCCCCCGGCCCGGAUACCAGUGGCUGCCCGUCCGGCCACACCUGCACCCUCCCCUAUCAUGCAGAUGCAAAAGCCAUAGGUCACAGCCUCUUUGCUGUUCUGCCCGGGGCAUUCUCCCUGGGCAGUUCCUCUGAAGCCGAGGGGUGCAGGUAGACGCCCAUCCCAAAUAGCAGAGAGACUAUGGAAAAGGCGAGUGUAAAGAGCUAUAUUUUUUUAAGAGGAAUAUGACAAAUACAUUCCGCCCCUUGGAACCUGGCCAUGCAGAAGGAAGGGCACAGGGACUGGACCUGCGGUUCCUCCCCGGAUUCCCUCACUUGCAGGAUUUGGACAACCCCGGGGCCCACCCAGGGGCCUCUGAAUGUAUUUUGUACCGUGUCUGUCCCCGCCCCCCAGCACCCCAGGCUAAUUUCUAGUCGCCUCUCACAAAGCAGCGGAGAGCUCAGCCCCCCGCCCCACCUGGCGGCCGGCCCUCUCUGGGACACUCUCGGUCCGAGACCUGGGCCAGUUCUCUGCCGGUGGUCACCUCUGGCCACAGGUUUCUGUCUGAAGAUUCCUCAGGUCAACACCAUCAUUAAAUGCGAGUUUUGUUGAUAAUUGUA